AAGAUUUAGUUGUGUGCCAAGCUUAGCUUGGGUCUCUUCACUUCACUCCGAGCCGUGGGAAUUCCGUUUUAUUACCUGUAUCAGUAACGUCCAUAUUAUCGCGCUGUUUAUUUUGAUAACUGCUUCUGCGAUCGUUCUGCAAUACUGCAUUAAGAAAAACAUUGCCCCAAAACCACUGACGACGUCUUUAAAAAGGAUUCACCUUUCCCCUUGCGUAACCAAAAUGUUGAAGCUAUCAUUUAUUUGCCUCUUUUUUGUAAUUUUGGCAAAAACAUCAGCGGGCCAGUUCUACUUCCCCAAUGAGGCGGCCCAGGUGCCCAACUAUGGGCGCUGCAUAACUCCGAACCGGGAACGGGCUCUGUGCAUCCACCUAGAGGACUGUAAAUACUUGUACGGCCUGCUAACUACCAGCCCACUAAGGGACACCGACCGGCUUUAUUUAAGUCGCAGCCAGUGUGGUUACACAAAUGGGAAAGUGCUUAUUUGUUGCCCGGAUCGCUAUCGGGAGAGCUCCCCGGAGGCACCAGCGCCAGUUAAGCCCAACGUUACCAGCAAUAGCCUUCUUCCGCUACCAGGACAAUGUGGCAACAUCCUGUCCAAUCGCAUCUACGGCGGUAUGAAGACCAAGAUCGAUGAAUUCCCCUGGAUGGCUCUGAUAGAAUACACCAAGGCCCAGGGCAACAAGGGCCAUCACUGCGGCGGCUCCUUGAUAAGCACUCGGUAUGUGGUCACAGCCUCUCACUGUGUUAAUGGGAAGGCACUGCCAAGCGAUUGGAGAUUAACUGGAGUGCGUUUAGGUGAGUGGGAUACCGCCACAGAGCCCGACUGCGAGGUGGAUGUGCGUGGUAUGAAGGACUGUGCACCGCCGCAUCUAGAUAUUCCCGUGGAGCGUACUGUACCACAUCCCGGCUAUAUUCCGGCCUCCAAAAAUCAGGUCAAUGACAUCGCCCUGCUGCGACUCGGCCAACAGGUGGAGUACACCGACUUUGUGCGACCCAUUUGCCUGCCGCUAGACGCUAACCUUCGGGCAGCCACCUUUGACGGAAUCACCAUGGAUGUGGCUGGUUGGGGAAAAACGGAACAACUAUCGGCCAGCAACCUGAAGUUAAAGGCUGCCGUGGAAGGAUUUAGGCUGGAUGAGUGCAAGAACGUGUACAGCAGCCAAGAUAUCCUGCUCGAGGACACACAAAUGUGCGCUGGCGGCAAGGAGGGAGUCGACUCCUGCCGCGGUGACUCCGGUGGACCGCUUAUCGGUUUGGACACAAACAAAGUGAACACUUACUACUUCCUUGCGGGUGUAGUGUCCUUUGGCCCAACUCCCUGCGGCUUGGCCGGUUGGCCAGGAGUUUACACAUUAGUUGGAAAGUACGUUGACUGGAUCCAAAACACCAUCGAGGCCUAAAGUAUAUGAAAAUGUAUAUUAAUCAUAUGUAAAUAAAAUUGACUAAAAAAUUUUCUUUUAAAA